AUGUGUGAAGCCAUCCUAAAUGAUAGACCUUUAACAGUUGUAUCGGCUGAUUCAAGUCUCACUGCCAUAACACCUGGAAAUUUUUUACGAGAAAAGCAAAACUAUUCAGUGCCAAUUGUGAAACAGGACUUCAAUUCUAGCUUUUAUAAACGUAGAUUGUGUUAUAUCCAAAAUGUUAACCAGGUUUUCAAGAAAGGAUUUCGCCAGAAAUAUCUGGGAACUUUGAAAAGAACAAGCAAAAAAUUCGCUAGAAGUUGUAAAUUAAAAGAAGGAGACAUUGUCUUAAUUGGAAGCAAUGACAAAAGGAGAUUAAAUUGGCCUCUUGGUAAAAUUAUACAAUUAUUUCCAGGUACCGACGGUGAAAGUCGACGAGCCAGAAUUAAAGUGCAAAAUGGAGAAGUCAUAAGAGUUGUACAAAAUCUUUAUCCUUUGGAAUUAUCGACUGCCGAGCAACUUCCAUCGAAAUUCAGCGGAAGUCAACUAUGCAAAAAUUUUUCGGUAGAGCAAACUCCAAUUGAGGAUGUAUCUGUAGAAACAAAUAGAAUAAUCCAUACCCAUUUAAAAUCGCCCACGAUAACCAAAUCAGAAAGGACAAUUAGAGUUCCUCAUCGAUUGGACUUGUGA